UUUUAAAUAAUCGCGUAUCAGGUUCGCAAAUGUGCCAAGUAUAUAAAUAAUUUAGAGUACAAGGAGUUAAAUUGGUCUAAUCAGAAUAUCGUUGGUACAUAGUUAAAAUAAAUUUACGUUAUCUCUUUUAAUAUAACAGACGCUAUGGACUAUUCACACUACAUCAGUAUUGGCUGAUAAACGUAAUGGAGAGUUCGUGUAGUGUUUGCUGCGAGAAAAUAUUGAUGGCGAUCUCGUUAUUCAUAAUCUCAAAAACUGCCCUUUUAUCCUAUAAUUAUCAGCUCAGAUUAUAUCCAACGAUCGAUCCCACGUGUUAGUUUAAUUAUUCACCUUGAUUGUCACUUUUUUUUCACUUGACUCCUACCAAUCCACUAGUACAUCAGAAUAUUUUCUUCUUCGUUGCAGACAGUCUGUAUUUUCAAAAAAACGUAUUCGAUUUAUUUAACACCAAUAAGACGUAUAUUCGAAAAUUAAGUUUCAAUCUUUCUACAGAGAAGAUAUACGUAUUUACCAAAUGACAAGUUAUCGACUGGCGCUUGUUCUACAGCUAUGACCAUGAGGGAUUCUGAAACAGUGACCAUUUUUAUACAUUUUUGCAGCAUUGACCAACAUGGACGUUGAAAACAUCUCAAUAUUAUAAAAUUUGUGACUCAUUGCACUCGCGGUGCACUAAUAGCAGAUUCCCUAUAGUAUUUAGCUGAUAAUACUAAAGAAAAUAUAUGAAAAAUCUGUUCUGAGUGUGCAUCGAAUACAGCGAUUGCUAUUGCUAUUUUAUUAGUAACUGGUGGUCACUUCGCAUUUUAUAUAAUUCUUUUACAAACGUAGGGUCGAAUAUCAGUGGUUCUUCAAUGACAGUUACGUCCAUAAUAUUCUAGUUUAAUUUGUUGUACAUUCAAUGCAGUAGGUCUGUUUCGUUAUCUACACUUUCUGCACUUUUCAAAAAGUGCAGAUUCUCAUUGGUUACUUAAAAAAUAUCAUUCAAUAAGAAUUUUCUAUUGGAGGAACUGACUUUAGUGCGUAAUCACAAGUUCAAUGGGCGAGUGUUUUAUCGCGCAACAAUUGCUGUCAAAAGAUUAUAAAUGGAUAAAACAUUACGAGAAAUACGGAAACGUAAGGAUCCUAAGGAAUUAAAAAGCAUCGUGGAGAAUUCGGACAUUGAAGAACUCUAUGGGUUAAUGAUAAGAAAGAUUAGAAGAGAAGAUGCUUUAACGGUGCUUGAUGAUCUCCUACAAGCUUUUGCUAUAUCGGAUCAAACAAAACGUUUCAAGUUUGUUGAAAAAGUUUUAAAGUUCCUGUGUAAAGCUGAAAUUCAAAGUCAGCGAGUGGAUAUGAUAAUCAAACGAAUAGCAGUUGAUUUUCCACAAUAUUCAAAGGUCCACAUGAUAAAAUUUGUUGAAUUUUGUGAGUCAAACAUAAGAAGCAACAAUGACAAUCAUCGAAGUUGGAAAGACCUACUGCCAUUGCUACUUGAACGUUUAGAGGAUGAAAACUAUAUUACCUAUAAUAACUCUGAAGUUUCUGGACUGGAAUACAAGUCUCUUAUUGUGGAAUCAAUUUGUAAAACUCAAUGGAUGCCUGAUAUUUUAAUAUCACUGGCGGAAAUGUUUGUGGAAAUGUCUUUGAAGCCAAAAGAUCAUGAUAUGGUUGUACGUGUUUUAUGUAAUAAAUUACCAGAAGUGGAAGGUCAAGCUGUACCACCAUUGGUUAAUCAAAUGUUGAAACUUUGUCGACAUAGGGAUGGAAAGCUUCUUUUUGGAACAUUAAGAGAAUACUUUACAACAAGGUUCGAGCAAACUUCAAGUAGUAUGGAUCUCGAUGAUAUCGGUGAAUUCACCUUGAAGGAUAUCUUAGAAAUUGAAGGCAAUGUUCUUUACCAUAUAUACCAAGCUGCUCAACUGAGUCAUAAGAGUUUAAAAGACUUUAUUCACUUUUUAAAAACCGUGACAGACUCACCAAAAUUUAUUUUGAAUCCCUUCAUCUUUGCUAUGUUACUGAACGUCGCAAAUAUAUAUGAGGAUGAAGUUUUUGAAAUUCUGAAAUCGGCUAUAGCUCGGCGAAUUCAAGACAAUGAAAGAAGGAAGAAUAGCACUUGGAUAAGACAAUCAUUAUCAGAAGAUGAAGAUAUAAUGUUGAUUAUAGAACGCAUUAUUGAUUACAGUAAAAAUCACAAUCCAAACAUACGGAAAAGUUUAAUGGAUCUGUCGUUCAUAUUGAUGGACACCAAAAAAUCUCCAAAAGUCAAUGUGACUUCCUUGUGGGAUAUAGGUAUAAAAAUUAUGCAAAAACUUGUGAAAAAGCAGCAUGACGCAGUAGCGACAGUACUACAAAUGUUAACGCAAAAAAUAAUCGCCGGCGGAACGUCUGUUACUCGUUAUACUGAUUGUUUAAGUUAUUUGUGCCGUGAAAAAACAAUGAUAGUUCUUGAUUCUGAAAUUUGGGUGACUGGUCUUCUUGAACAAUUGCUAGUGAUUCCUGGCACAGCAGCCACCCAAGUUCUUUAUUCCAUAACUCCUUUAAUGAGCACCUCAACAAAUAUCAGAAAUACACUUGUUCUCGUGCUGCGCAAAGCUCUGUAUAGAAAAGGAUCGGAGUCCCGUCAGAUGGCUGUGGUUGGUUUUUUGCUAUUGAUGAAAACAUUGAAAACAUCAUCAAUAAGCACACUUAGCCAGUCUGGAGGAAGUUCCUCGAAUAGCACUGUACCAUCCUCAUCAACAUCAUUAUUAACUCAGGUUGCUGUCGAAAGACAUUCUCAACAACCCAGUUCAAAUUUGAGAUGUAAUAGGGCUCUAUGCCAUGAAGUUCUGAGUAUUUUAAAAAGAUGUUUCACACAUGAGGUGGAAGUCCGUUUGCAUCUUUAUAAACACCUUCAUGAAGUGAUAAAUAUGAAUCCUGAACUCUCUGAAGAGAUUGCCCAAGUGCUCUUGGAUCAUUUUUCAAAAUAUUAUGAAGGAAAUGACGCAGAGAUCUUGCCACCAAUAAAAUUUGACAAAUGUUCAGAGUUCCAGGGUACAGACGCUAUCCUUCGUGAACCCAUUGCCCAUCUGAUAUUUCUCCUACAAAAAAUCUAUUUAUUAAAUGCUUCAAGUAAUUCUCCAAUUUUUGAAAAACUGGCACACAUUCUUGAAUUGCUUUGCAAAAACAUGAGUAAAACGGAAUUGGAACACUGUAAUCUGGAUGACAGGACUGAACUUCUGGAUAAUGGACCAAAAGCCCAGCAAAAAUUAAACAGCUUUAAAUUAAUGGCUAACGUUUACGAAGCACUGAUGUCUUUUAGAAUUCUAUCCUGGUGUUCGACUAGUGUUCGUACAGCCAAAAACAUUUUUGAAUUAUUCGAAGGAUACAAUCGUUUAUCAAAUUUCAACAAGCAAAUGAGCAAAUCGAAAAAAGGCGACGCGAAAGGGAAAAAAGAUAAGGAUACUACAACAGAUACUAAGAAAGCUGGUGGCAAGCCUACCGUAAUUAAAUUGCCUAAUACGAUAAUGGAUCUGGAUACCAUGUCGAAAAUUUUAACGCUGCUCUAUCAUGAUUCUGUGCCAUGGGCAAGCAAAGGACAAGCAGACUUUCUCCGUAACCAACAGAACUUUCAUCGUUACAUUUUGCAAACAUGUUUGCAACUCUUUCAAAAUGCAAAAUCACUCAAGGAUACCGAACUGGUACUUCAUGAAAAGCAAUACAGGAAGCGCUAUCUGGAGAUCGGAAGACUUUUUUACAAGCAUAUAGUCAACCCAUUGAAAGACUUGCGAGAAUUCGAUGAACAAACUGCACUCGUAGGUGUGGAAUGUUUCAAAGAAAUUUGUGAACUAAUGUGCGAGACCUUUCCAUCUCUUCUAGAAAAAUUCCUGAGCAUAACUGGAGAAGAGAUUGCCACUAAUAGUGGUCUGAGUUCGCAAUUGAGUGGAUUAAUCAUGCCAUUGACAGCACGUGUGAAAAUGUGUUACGAUGAAAUCACAGAUGAAGAAGACGGUGCGAGUUGGGGUCGAAUUCCAAUAAUUCUUUUAGAAACUGUUUCAAUUCUGGUGCAUAAAAUUCCUUUCCAUGAAACCUUGGCUGCCAAGAUUUCUAAAUGGCUAGUCGAUCUAGCUAAGUCAACUACUGCAAGUCAUCCCGUGCCUAAUAUCCUUUUAGAAUUGAUAUUAACUAUCGAGGAACGCACGUCGGAUAGUGGAGACUUACUUCUCGAAUUUUCGAAAAUGAUCUGCGAUGUUUUAAACACUAUUGACGAGAACACGGAAUCCAUUGAUGACAUUUACAAGAUAAUUAACAGCGAUACGGCUACACAAGUAUACGAAAAUUUAAAUGAUGCUUUGAAGUACAAAUUGAAAAAUAUUCCGUGGCUUCUGGGAAGAUUAAAAGCAGACCUACGACUGUCGAUCGCGAUUGGCAUGGACGAUGAAGAACAAGAUAUUAUGCGUAAAAAGGAACGCAGCCUAUGCGAACAAAUGAUUCACAUUAUGAAUAUUUUGUUGGUUCUAUCGAACGCUGCUAUUGAAUCCAGUUCUUGCAUUAUUGCCAUAUUAAAAAAUAUGUAUUUAUUGUAUCAGGAAUGGUACAAUCUAAUUCAGUAUUUUAUGACGAAAUCUAAUCACCACAAGGCGCCAUUCCAGGAUGUAAGAUUUGUCGCCGUCGUAAAGAUCGCUGGAUAUCAUUUACAAGAAAACUUCAACAAUCUGUCUAGUCAUGUUACGAAAUUACGAAACAACACAACACGAAAGACCGAUGGAGUUGCACACAGGAACCAAGUUUAUAAGGAAACACAAUUAAUACCAAAAGUUAUUAAGAUAUUGGAAAAGAGUUAUUCUAACAUUGUGAUACUUAGCAAAAAAACAAAUAUUCCUUUGGAUCACUGUGUCAAACGUGGAGCAAUACGAGACUUUAAAAUUGAUGAUGUCAAACUCAUGAAGGGACUCGAGAGACUUGAUAUGACUAUGACUACUCAAAAUUCGACAAGAGCAGCAGUAAGUCAAAUCAAUAAUACUAACAGUGAUGAAAGUGAUGAGGAACUAAACGUUUCACCGUCAAAGAGGUUGUGCACCUCUAAAUCAACACAGUGAAAAAUAAUGUUAUAAUUUUAACAUAACAUAACCAACCAAAGUGCCUAUUGUUCUCAUUAUAUUUUUCUACAUUUUAUAUAUAAAAUAAAAAAGAAUAUUUACACGAAA